CAAGGGGAUUUUGGCUAGACUACUCACCAGACGUUUAUUCAGGUGGGCGUUUAAUCGCUUUGCCAUACCUUGCAUUCUAGAACUUUUGUGCAACACCCGCCACACGUGCUGCGGCCAAAAAGGGCUCGAUUUUUCACCAGUUUGGGACUGUUCGCCGAAUAGAAAGGUUCGUCUCUGGCUACAUUCUCCUUUUGUUGAUCGUCUGGCCAAAAAAAUGAGUAAAACCAUUUCUAUCAAGUACCCGGAAGUUCCACUUGAACAUUACAUUUCCGAUGGCAAACUUGAAGUUGGCGAUAAGGUUGAGCUAAAGGGUGAACCUUUGGAGAAUGCCGUGAGGUUUUCCGUCAACUUCAUCGACAGCUCGACCGAGCAAUGCAUCUUCCAUUUGGACUUCCGAUUUAAUGAGGAAGAACCCUAUAUAAGGACUGUGGUUCGCAACACCAAUUUCCCUUAUGGCACCUGGGGUGAGGAAGAGCGUGCCGACAACCCGCUUCAAAGAGGAGAGAGCUUCAAGAUCCAGAUCAAAGUCUUGGAGGAUCGUUUUGACGUUGAAGUGAACGACGCCCAUAGUUUUGACUUUGUUCACCGUGUUUCGCUCGGCAACGCAAACGUAAUCAACAUUAAGGGAGACGUCAAGAUUAAAUCUGUUAAGAUUAAGGAGUGUUGAUCUAGUAGUAUCAUUAAAAUAUCAGAAGCUUAAGAAACUCAAGUAUCUUUGCUGCCUCUAUUGCUUUUUGCUUAAAGUUGUUUUGGGAGUUGUAAUAACAUUUUUCACUGGUGUAAUGUUUGAAUUAUUCAAAACAUAAACAUCCCAAAAUGUCUAGAUGGACAAUUUUCGCUUAAA